AUGGUCAGGAACAUUGUUAUUAUUGGGGGUACGUCCCACCCACAGCUUACGCAAACGAUCUGCAAUCACCUCGGUGUUCCAGAGGCGAAUGUCUUGCUCUCGAAAUUUGCUGUCGGCGAGACUCGAGUGGAGAUCCAAGAGUCAGUUCGAGAAAAAGAUGUUUAUAUCAUUCAAUCGGGUGGAGGAAAAGUGAAUGAUCAUCUGAUCGAGCUGUUGAUUACUAUAUCUGCUUGCAAAACUGCAUCUGCAAAACGGGUCACUGCCGUGCUACCGUUGUUUCCUUAUUCUCGUCAAAGUGAUAUCCCAUACCGAAAAAACGGUGCCCCAUUGGUCAAAUCGUCAACUCAGCACCAGUUCACCUUUGAAAGUACUCCUUCGACACCGCAGCUCGGGAGUCAGGAAGGCCAAGCGAUGACCCACGAUGUAGAAAGCUUGCAGAAGAGUCUUGCCAAAGCUCAGAUCGAACCUGAGGUGAACGGAUCUCCCGUCAAGCGACGCCCUAUCGGCAGUGGGGGAAAGCGAAGUGAUACACUCGACUCCAUUCGCUCGGAAUCCAGCCUUCCCAAUGGCGUGAACAAUGAGGAGACAGCGAGCACGACUAGUGCUGCUGCUAGGGUUCAUGACUUCGAACCUCGUCCUGGGUAUCGACAGUGGGUUGCUCAGGCUGGGACUUUGAUUGCAGAUCUUCUAACUUCUGCCGGCGCUGAUCAUAUUAUCACAAUGGACUUGCAUGACCCUCAGUACCAGGGAUUCUUCGAUAUCCCAGUUGAUAAUCUCUACGGCCGGCCGUUGCUAAAGAGAUAUAUACAACGUAACAUCCCCGAUUACAAGAAUACUAUCAUCGUCAGUCCCGACGCUGGUGGCGCCAAGAGAGCAACAGCUAUUGCAGACUCGAUGGGCGUUGAAUUCGCGUUAAUACACAAGGAGCGACGACCUACCAAAAUAUCAGACAGACAGAAUGCCACGAUGAUGCUUGUUGGAGACGUACGGGAUCGAAUAGCUAUUCUUAUCGAUGAUUUGGCAGAUACCUCAAAUACCAUCACCCGAGCGGCCAAGUUACUCAAGAAAGAAGGUGCUGCCAAAGUCUACGCUCUCAUUACUCAUGGCAUUUUGAGUGGUGACGCUAUAGAGCGCAUCAACGCUAGCGCUCUGGAUAAGGUCGUAGUCACGAAUACAGUUGACCAGGAUGAACACUGCAGACGCUGCCCCAAGCUGGAAGUUCUUGAAGUUGGCAAUAUUUUCGCUGAGGCUAUUCGACGUGUUCACCACGGUGAGAGCAUCAGUGUUCUUUUCCAAUAUGACUAG